AUGCAUAUAGUGCGCUGGAGUUCGACCACAGGCGCUACACAAGUACCCUUCCCAAUCUUUCGCGAUGUCCCGCAGUUACGAGAAGCGCGCAAGAAAAUGUUUCGAGAAGGAAAGGAGGUCGGAUUUGUUGCGACGAUGGGAGCACUACAUGAUGGACAUGUUUCUCUGGUCAAGCACGCCCUCGAGGAGAACACCGACGUCUUUGUCUCGAUAUUCGUCAACCCUACACAAUUUGCGGUUCAUGAGGAUUUAGACGCCUACCCGCAGACAUGGGAGGAAGACUUGAAGAAAUUGAAGCAAAUACAAGACGAGCAUGCUGCCUCAUCAGGACCGAACAGCAAUUCAAGGAUACGAGGAAUAUUUGCGCCUACGGUGAAAGUCAUGUAUCCAACUCUACCUCCGAGUUCUGAUAUUGCUGGUUAUGGAUCCUUCGUCACCAUCACACCUUUGGGGAAUCAACUCGAAGGUGCGUCACGACCAAUAUUCUUUCGAGGCGUGGCAACAGUCUGCACCAAGCUAUUCAACGUCAUUCAGGCCGACAGGGUCUAUUUCGGCCAGAAAGACGUCCAACAAUCUGUCGUGAUCAAGCGCAUGGUCAAGGACUUCCUCAUCCCUACCGAAGUAAGGGUCGUCCCCACGAGUAGAGAGCCGGACGGGCUAGCCAUGAGCAGCCGCAACGUCUACCUUGGUGAGCGACGACGAAAAGAUGCCGUUGUGCUUUCAAAGGCGCUAUUUGCUGCUCGUGAACUGUACAAUGCCGGCGAACUUCGCGGCAAGGUGAUCAGAGACGCCGCCUUUGAAGUCUUUCACCGCGAGACAUUGGCCAAGCGAAAAGAUGGGAAGCUUGAGAGCAGCUGCCGGAUCGAGAUCGACUAUAUCGCGUUGAGCGAGCCCGAGAAUAUGACCAUGAUCAGGGACUUUGACAAGAUCGACCCAAGACGUGGGGCGAUUCUAAGUGCCGCAGUGUAUGUGCAGCCUGUUGAUGAGCCAAAGAACCAGGAUGAACUGGACCAGAGACUUGUGAGACUUAUCGACAACGUGAUUUUUGAGCCACGGGAGGGGACUCGGCACUGA